CUCCAUAGAAGGUGGGUCACAUUACCAAGUUACAAAGCAGAUAAAGUGAGGUUGCACAGACUGUUAAUUUCUAAUGGUUGGUCAGAGCAUAGAAGACUUAGCUGUACAGUAAACUACAAGGAGGACCCAAUGGUGGUGAAGCUGUACUGGGGUCGGCUAUCAAAGCUGCUUCUUCUGGUACUGCUGCUAUUUCUAUACAAUGAGUACCUAGUCUACUAUGUGACAUUACUGCAGUGUGCCUGGCCAGAGAUGACCACUGACCACCUGGACGUUAUGAUUGACCCUGGCCAGAGCAAACCACUCAAGGUGAUGGUUAUUGCAGACACUCACCUGUUGGGGUCCUUUAAUGGGCACUGGUUUGAUAAGCUGAGAAGAGAAUGGCAAAUGCAGAGAUCCUUUCAAACAACAUUUUCUAUCCAUAGUCCCGAGGUUGUAUUUGUGUUAGGUGAUCUUUUUGAUGAAGGGAAGAUAUGCAGUGAUCAAGAAUUCCAAGAAACGGUAGCAAGAUUUCAUCAUAUGUUUGCUGUGGAUGCAUCCUCUCAAAUUCAAGUUGUUGUGGGAAAUCAUGAUGUGGGUUUUCAUUAUAUGUAAGUUAACCAUGAAAUGAAUAGGCUUACACUGACAAAG